UUCAAGGGCAACCAAGCAUUCGACCUAUACUUAAAAUGCCUUCAAUUGAUACUGCGACGCCAAGUAUGGUUCUUGAUUCACGAGAAAGGACUUCCUGCCGAACUGGAGAAUGUUGUCAUUGACCUUUGGGCUCUGCGUAUCCUCCAGCUCGAGGAGCAAAUUGCCGAUGUUCAUGGUUACGAUUCUCAAUCCCACGUAUUCAGCACCUCCGAAAACGACCCAGUGUCUGAAAGAGAGACUACAAAGUCUAAAGGCCGGGGUUCCAAGCUGAAAAGCACCCCUGGGCUAAUCGACAUCCUUGCGCUGUCCUACCUUGGAAUAUUAACGCUGCGAUUGCCGGUUACUCCUGGUGAUAUCCUCUCAUGGAUUAAGACCAAGAAGAUGCCAUAUGAUAAAGCCAUUAAGUAUAUCCCCAUCGCCAUGAGAGAUCGGCUGCCUUCAAAUUAUCACGCUAUCUUAGACCCAAACGCUACUCUGAAGCCUGAACGACUCUACUCUGCUGUCAUUGAUCUGGAAUCAAUUUUUGAGAAAGAAUACGGCCUUGUGUGGCCCAAUAUUAAUAACCACCUACUUUUAUUUCGGUACCUGAAGGACUUGGCCCUUCCGUUAGAGUUGUAUGAAGCAACAAUUCGAUUAGCCGGCUAUCUGAACUACGAUUUUACGUAUCCUAUAGACGGGCAUAGAAGGUUGGGCAUACGAUACCUUCCAGAAGCCCAGUUAGCAGCCUGCCUUGUGGUAUGUGUUAAACUUAUGUACCCUCUCGACGGCCAACGGCGAAACCCGAAAACAAUAUCUGAACCCGCAGCAAUUGGAAUGAAUUGGGAUGACUGGUACGAGCAAAUUAGCUCCACAAGGCAAAGUGGCUUUGGGUCCGCUUCAACAUACACCACUGAUGAUCUCGUGGAAUUGAGAGAACAGGACGUCUUCGCGAUGUCGGGAAAUCAGCUGGAUCAAUACCUGGACUGGUAUCAGGAUACGUUCAUCGAUGAAACCCGGACUGAGCAAACCGAAGAAGGGGACUUUCUAAAUGCAUUGUACAAAUUAUUUCCGAUCAAUCCAGAGCCUAGGUCAGAGCCCCGCAACACCCCCUUGGAGAAUCUCGCGGAUGCAGAGAAACUAAAUCUGGUGAGGGCAAUCCAUGGCAGGAUCCAGCAUCGACAGGUAAUCGAGGAGGGCAAGGAGAGGCCUGAUACAGUGAGGCCUGGGGAAAUGUAUAUAUACUAUCCGAAAGAGAAGGAACUACCAGAGCAGGCCAAGCGAUUCUACGGGGAAGUUGCUAGGAUUUCGGGUUUGUCGUUGGAAAUGCUUAUCAUGGCUGUGUUCUUUGCGGAGAAGAAAAUUGAGAAGUGGGAAGCCAUCCAACGAAAGAAAUCGAAACCAGACGUGUUGGGCAUCUAG